CCUCUUCUUGUUUCUCUCAUCAACUCUUGCAGACAAUGCAACCUCAAGUUUUCCUUUCCACCCAAUCUCAGAGAAUGUCAUCAGCUGUGGUUGCAGGUUCCUUGUCUUCAAGCUGCACCCUCUCCAGGAACCACUCUCUACAAACUACCCUAUCCAACCCUCCAAAAUCACUAAUUCCCACUCAAAACCAGAAGAGCAGCUUCCAAGGUCUUUCACUUCAAGAUGUAAAGAGGGGUCUUUCAGCUUCAUUCAUAGCUGACAAAAAGAAGGUCAAUUUAAGUUUCAAGAGAAGAGCCCUUGAGAUUGCAGCAAGAACUGCAGGGGCUGCCAAGAACAUUGAAGUUGAAGUUGACAAACCUUUGGGUCUCACAUUGGGUCAAAAACAGGGUGGUGGUGUUGUAAUUACUGGUGUGGAGAAAGGGGGAAAUGCAGCAAAAGCAGGCCUCAAGGUAGGGGAUCAGGUAUUAUACACCAGCAGCUUCUUUGGAGAUGAACUUUGGCCGGCUGAUAAGCUAGGGUUUACAAAAACUGCUAUCCAAGCAAAACCUGAUUCUAUCUACUUUGUUGUGAGCAGAGGUGUAGAUGUGGACGUAAAACGAUUGCCAAAGCGUCCAGCUCCGCCUCGCUUUGGUCGAAAGUUAACUGAAGCACAGAAGGCUAGGGCGACUCACAUAUGCCUUGAUUGUGGAUUUAUUUACACCUUACAGAAACCGUUUGAAGAGCAGCCGGAUUCAUAUGGAUGCCCACAAUGUCAAGCACCAAAGAAGCGAUUUGUACGAUAUGACGUAGACACCGGAAAGCCAAUCGGUGGUGUGUUGCCUCCAAUUGGGGUUAUGAUUGGGCUAGUGGUUGGGAUCUCUGGAGUUGGAGCAUUGCUUGUAUAUGGCCUUCAAUAAUGCAGUUUACUGCCAUUCUCAAAUUC